UUCAUUAUGACAUGCCCUGUGGUUUCUGCACUGCCCAACAGAGAGCAAAUCCAUUGUGACCCAGAGUAUAUUCAGGUGAUCAGACAGGUUCCCUAUAACUUGAAUAAGGAGUUGCACUGGUCACUGUCUUGGAGGGAUCACUUCAUUGUAGCUCUGGAGGAUGCAAGCUUGAUCCAGAUGAAUGUUGAUAUAAACAGAUCAGACAUUGCAGUUCAAGGCAGGAGGAGGGAAGUCUUGAGCCCUGUCAAAUUCAUGGGCAGUGAAGGAGAGUUCUUGGCCUUGAAACUGGUCAGUGGUCAGUAUGCAUACAGUAUGGAAGCAACAUGUCCGAAAGUGACUGCGUCCAGAGCAGAGGAAACUGUGCUCCACAUUUUCAAACGACGGAUGGGUUUGACUAGGCGAGGCAGCUACGCCAACGAAGGACUGACUGUCAGUAACGUGUCGGUGAACCAGACUGAUAAUGUCACUGUGCACGACAUGAGUGAAUUUGUGACGCUGAUCAUUCCUACAGACCAAAUACUCCAGACCAAGACCUGUACGGAAAGCAAACAACUGCUGCAGUCGUUCUACAGGGUGGAUGUUGUGCUCACCUUCAGAGAGACAAAUCACAAAAUGCACUGGACCAUGGAGAACACACUGCCAUGCACAGUCAAGCCUGCAGUGUCACACAUCACAUCAUCUCCCGGUCCAAACACCACAGGCCUGUCCAUGCUCAACUUUAAAGCUGAGAGUUUUGAUUUUCAUAAUACAACAAUAAACACUUCAGCAGAACCAGAUUUCCUUGAGUCGUCAAGUGCAACUGAAUCAUCAGCAGCAUCUUUCCACGCUACAGUUACACCUGAACAAGAGCGCCAACGAUUCAACACAACCAGUGGGAACAGAGACCAGCAAAAGCAGCGAAGACUUAAGUGGAUUUGGUCGAAUUAAAAAUAUGAUAAAUUUUGUGAAACAGAUCUGUUAAGAUACAUAAUGGCCAAAAAAUGAAACUGUGUUUUUACUCCACUACCUUUUCAGGUGUCAGCGACAUAAUCAAAUUCAUGUCAUAGUUGUGAAGGACUCAUAACGUCAAAUUCUGCAACACUAUGUUUCUCUUCAUUAAAAGCUUUAUAUGAAAUUUUAUUUUUACUUUGACUUUUUGACUUUAAAUUAGACUUUAGGAGCAGUUUUAAUGUAGUGCCAUUGUCAUGCCAACACUUGCUUUAAAGCUAGGUUAUUCACUUAUUUUGUUUUCAUUCCCUUUGGCGCCAUGUGCUACAUGUCUGUUCCCAGUCUUGAAAGGUGAUGCUGUGGUCCGUCAGCGCUGAGAAGGUUUGGUUAUACAAGCAGAAAUAGAGACAGACCUCUGCCAGCUGCUGCCUGCGGGCGAACAUUAUCCAGACACAGACAAGGCAGGCGUUAAAUAAACAUGUCUCUGUCCGAGCAGGGUAAACAGGCUGACGUAGAGAAGACUCUGCAGUUGUUACAGCUGAUGCCACCUUUCAGAGAAGCUUUGUGUUAAUUCACAAUAAAGAAUUGUUUUUCAGUAAUACAGAAAUCUUCUCAGUGAUCAAUCUCAGACUUUAGAAAUCUUGUGUUUUUAGGGGGAGUCUGACACUUUGCUAAUGUUUAGGUUUUUUUUCUGGAAAAAGAGAAACUAAUCAAGUUUCAGCCAUUGCCACUGGGUUGCUGUGGCACGUAUGUCUGCUGUAGUAUGCUAUGCCAACAGUAGAGGGCACUAUUGAAUGAGUUUUCAUAUAACUCCCUGUAUGGGCCACAUCCUGCUGGCAGCUGCUCAUUUUGAUAAUCAACCAGUUUUUAUAUAUUUUUGC